AUGGUCCUAACCAAGCAGAGAUCGCCUCGAAAUCCUGACGACUUCCCGACCGUCCAGCUCUUCCUUCUAGCCAUUGUCCGUCUCGCCGAGCCUAUUGCGCUCACCUCCAUCUUUCCAUAUGCCUGGUCGCUGGUCAAGCGGUUCAAGAUUGGCAAUGAGCAAGAUGCCUCCUUUUACGCUGGCUUGCUCAUCUCGGCUUUUGCCCUAGCUGAAGCCUCCAUGGGCAUGUACUGGGGCGGGCUCUCUGAUCGUAUCGGCCGGAAACCUGUUCUCCUAAUGGGAUGUAUCGGCACCAUGUUCAGCCUGAUUCUCGUCGGCUUUGCCACAAACAUUUGGAUUGCUCUCGCUGGACGUGCCGUGGGUGGACUCUUGAACGGAAAUAUUGGUGUCAUUCAGACUAUGGUCUCGGAACUUUGCACCAAGAAGGAGCAUGAGCCACGUGCAUACGCCGUGAUGCCUUUUGUAUGGUCUAUCGGAACCAUUAUUGGGCCAAGUAUCGGUGGCAUCUUUGCCGAGCCACACAAGUCUUUCCCCGACACUUUUCCCGAGGGAAGCUUCUUCGACGUGUUCCCCUAUCUUCUGCCCAACCUCAUCUGCGCUGGUCUCUUGCUUGUCAGCAUUUGUUUGGGCUAUUUCCUGCUUGACGAGACCCACCCCGACAUGGCCCCUCGAGUCAUGCUUCCGGACGACACGUAUGUAUCCUUUGAGACACCACUCCUCGAGACCUCGGACGCCCUCAAGCAGCCAGCCGUCGACAUCCGGUCCGAGACCUACGGUACAUUCAGGACCAGAAACAGCACCGAGCUUUCUCGUGAACUGCCAUGUUUGAAGCAGCUGCACAAGGGUGACCAAGUCACCAUCUUCACCAACAGGAUCGUUGCUCUCAUUGUGGCUCUGUCCAUCUUCACCUAUCACUCAAUGACCUACGACCACCUCCUGCCCAUAUUUUUCGAGGACGAAAAGAUGCCCAUGACUUCUUUUACCGGGCGGACUGGGGCCUUUUCUGUCGGUAAUCCACUGUACUCCCCUGGUGGUCUUGGUCUGUCCAUGCAGUCCGUGGGCGUAAUCAUGGCCAUCAACGGCGUCAUUGCGCUGUUUGUGCAAGCCGUCAUCUUUCCCAUUGCGGCCUCCUUCAUAGGUGUCUUUCGGCUCUUCAUCCUGGUCACGGUUCUGCAUCCGGUCGCCUACCUCAUCAUGCCCCUGCUGUUGCAUGUGCCCGAGUCCAUGUUGUAUCCGUCCAUCUACGUUUGCCUGACGGUCCGCAACAUUCUGUCCAUCAUUCUCUACCCACUGCUACUUAUCCUGAUCAAGGACGCGACGCCUUGCAAUACCGUGCUGGGCAAGGUCAAUGGUCUGGCCGCCAGCGCCGGUGCCGCCUGCCGAAUGAUUGCGCCGCCCGUUGCAGGAUACCUCUACACCAUCGGAAGCCGACAGAACUUUACCGCUCUAGCCUGGUACGGCAGUGCUCUGGUAGCUGUCGUCGGCGCAGUGCAGUGCUUCUCCGUUGAGCGCGUCAAGAAUGAGGAGCCCCAAGAUGAGGCAGAAACAGCCAAGUCAGCUGGUUAUGUGACCAUUAUCGAGGUUCCCGAGGAAGAGUAG